UUCAAUUAUCAAAUUGAAAGUUGGAAUCAUUUGGAGAAAGCUGACCGAGAGAAAGAUUCUGAGAUGAGCAGGGAAGAUGGAGAGAAAGGUUUGCUAUGGAAUCUUCCAGUCUUGAAGUCAGAGCGACUGGGGAAGUUGGGUCCUGGUUUUGGAUUUGGUGCUGGUUGCGGCUUUGGCUUCGGCGUCGGCCUUCUCGGAGGUGUAGGUUUUGGUCCUGGAAUGCCCGGCUUGCAACUUGGCUUUGGGUUUGGUGCAGGAUGUGGGGUUGGCUUAGGGUUUGGAUAUGGAGUUGGAAGGGGAGUUGCUUAUGAUGAAAGAAAGAAGUAUUCAAAUGUUGAUAAAAUCUAUAAAGGCCCAACAACUUUUCCAUCACAGGACGAGUUGAAUGACAUGAUCAAUCAGUUUGUCAUUAGUAGCAAGAGGUUACUCAAAGUAACUUCAAGAGAGAUCGACAAGUGGAGAAAAUCCUAGCCCUAGGUAUUAUGGUUUAUCGAUAAUUUUGUACACAUGGUUACAACUCUUAGUUCAUUCAGUAUGUUUGAAUUGAUAAUAUCAAACCAGUUUGUUUUGUCUAUCUCCACUUUUUUUUUUUUAUGUUGAAACUCCUAAGUUGUUGUUGGUUGGUCCUUUGCUCUUUAUAGUUUUAUGGCUGUUUUUCUU